AUGUACGUGGAUAAUCUACCCUCAAGGCAAGCUUAUGGAACAUUUAAGGAUGGCUUAAAUGAUUGUAGCGUCCAUAAUAUUGAAGUGGGAAAUACAGUGACUACAUUGCAAAGCGCCCUUGAUGGCCACCCUCAUCUUCAAAACGAAGUGGAUAAAAUAUUAAAAGCCUACUGUUAUGCAACCUCACAUGGCGGGUCUUAUGGUACGAACUGUACCUUCUUUUAUUAUUGGUUAGGAAGUAAAAUAUGGCAAAAUGAGCAAAAUAUAAAUGAUUCUGAUUCAUUUCAAAACGUUAUAAAUAACAUUUACGGUGAAUUAGGGAAAAUCACUAUUAAUGGGGAAAAAGGAAAGGGGUGUUCCAUUAUAAACGAGAAGUAUGAAAUUAGUAAAGACCUCUUCCCCAAUGCAAGAACAUUAUCUGACUAUUCGCUAGACUACACAACAAUAAGUAAUAACUUGACUAAGAAGAAUAAUGAUAAUACCUACUGUCUAGCAUAUAAACCGUACCUAGACAAUGCUGCUACAGCUUACACUAAAUUGUGCGAAGAGAAGAAUGUAUGGGGGAGUGAAACAAACACUUUGAAAGGUUCAGUUUGUGGAGAUUUUAUAGCGAGGGCGGGAGGCGACAAGAAUAAGCUUAACCCUCAGGAGUUACUGGACCAACACUGUCCAUCAUCAUCCGAACUACAAACUGAACCAGGAACUGUAGCAGCAGCAGUAACUGAAACAAAAACUUUUCCAGUUCAAACCCUAGAAGGGAAAACCUCUUCCCCCUCUGGGGUGAACAUCCCCUCUGUGUCUGCUGCUGGUGGACUUGCUACAAUAGGAAUACCUGCAUUGGCAUACUUUUUUUACAAGUACAAAUCGCACCUCUUCCACUCCUUCUUUAAUAAACAUAAUCAUUCUGGAAGUGGAAGAAGCACAAGAAAAAGGUCAUUAGAACGGAACUUAGACAUCUUAAUGGAAGAUUCUACAACAGCGGACACAUCCACAUUCGACUCAUCGGAAACUAGUUCGACAACAAAUGACGAUUCCACGUUUGAUUCUACAACAGUAUAUUCUUCUGUUCCAUACACUACUACAGCAUCUAAAAGAACGAGAAGUGCACAACAACAACAGAGGCAAGGGGGACAAAGGCACAAUAGAAAUAAUAUAAGUUAUCAUAGUAUGUAA